UUUCCUGCGUCGGUCGACCUGUCAUUUUCCCGCGAAACCGUGUUCGGCCCGGCUUGUGCGAGGAAUGGCGGUUGUUUGCGAGCGAAUGCUCGUGAAGUGAGACGUUCGAUUAUUUUUGGCAGACACGUGGAAGGCCAAAGUUGAGCGGUUGAUAACAUUUUUAUUUAACUGAAUGAGAAGCGUUUUGUUAUGAAAACAACAUAUAUUAUGAAAGAUCCCAAGCUGGAGUACAACUUGAUAUAUCCGUGGAACAUGCAUUUUUUUGGCACAUUUUUUUAACAAAAAUGACACUGAAUUUAGGAACUAAUUUUGUUUUUCUGUAAUCACCAUUGUUAUGCUUGACUGAAGCCAUAAACUGCUUUUUAUGAUGCAGUUAAUCCAAGCCCUUCACGUCAGCUUUUGGAAGGCCGCAGUGUUCAAAGCUUUCACUACACCUAAGUACGCUUGAAUAAAGGUGUUAUUUCCAACACUGACCUACUGUAGGUAAGCGGCUCGGCAGGAGUGACCUACCAGCCAGGACUUUGCAGCGCAGUUUCAGUAUCAUUUCAUUUUCUAUCUUUGAUCAAACAUCCAUCCAAGAGGAGCCAUGGGCUCAGAGGCGAGGAAAUGCGAGCUGGCGACAGUGUCACUGGCUGACAAUGAUUAUGAAGCGGAGCCCGCAGGGAUUCCCCCCAGUCACUGCUUUGGAAGCGAGAUCGGGCAGCCAUGGAUUUCCGAAGGACAGUCUGCGGACAGUGUGAUACUGGCGAACGGGUCGCGGAGGAACAGUAAGACAAGAUCGUCGGUCUCUACUGCAGAUUCUGGGGACGAUGCGGUCGCCCAGAUUGAUCACAGCUCCGACAUGGACUUCUGCGAGGAGCAUGAGUCGAAGCUGGACUGGUACUGCAGCUCAGAAGCUAAAUUAGUCUGCUCGCAAUGUGUCGCCGCCGGAUCGUGCCACGGCCACAUCGUCACUCCGGUCACUCGACGAGCCACGGUUAUUAGGAACCAGCUAGUGGACGUGUGUGAGAAGAUGCAGCUGCAAGCCUCCCGGAUCGAGCGGUUCCUGAGUCAGACCCUGGUCGCCAAGGAGCAGGCGCUGCAGGUGGAUGCCAGUGCGGCACGAGAGCGUGUGGUGGCACGGCUCAACCUGGUGCGGGAGGCUCUAGAGGAAGAAGAACAGCGCCUCCUAGAGGCUGUGCAGAGGGAGGAGGAGAGGGUCCAGCAGUGUCUGCUCACCCAGAAGGCCCACUGGACCCAGAAUUCAAGCCAGGACAUCGCUGAGAGGGUGGAGGAGGCCGAGGGUGUGGGCGAUCCCAUUGACACAGAGAAGCUCACCAUGAAAUUCGGCUGCAGUGAAAGCAAGCUGAUCAUGGGGCUGUGGGCCAGCGCCGCGCUGUUGGGUCACAUGGGUCAUACUCCAAUCAAUCUGACGUUCGAUGAUCGCACCGUCAGCCCCCUGCUUUCCUUGUCUCCGGACCAGCGUACCUUGACCUUCCUGUCCAAACGGGCCAGGCGGAAUCCCCAGUAUGACCCGGCUCGUUUUGACAGCUGGCCCAAUGCCCUGUGCUCCCGCUUGUUCUCCUCCGGCACCCACAGCUGGGUAGUGGAUGUGUCACAAAGCGACGCCUUCAAGGUGGGAGUCUGCUAUGCCAGUCUGGAGCGCAAGGGCUCCUCUGACGCAUCCCGGCUGGGCUACAAUGCCCGGUCCUGGGUAUUGUCCCACUUCGAGGAUGUGAUCUCCUUCUGCCACGCCGCACGCCAUGACUACCUGUCCGUGGUGCAGAAGCCAAGGCGGAUCGGGAUUCUGCUGGACUGGCCCGGCUGCACCCUUCUUUUCUUCGACGCGGACUCGGGCACCACCCUGCACACCGUGUGCCACCCUUUCACUGCCCCACUGCUGCCAGCUUGUGCCGUGGGCAACCGCAGCAUUACAUUAGUGCAGCCAUAACUCACCUGGCCAAAUGUAUAAUUGGGAUUUAAAAAAUGCCAGUUAGUCUAAUUUCUGUGAUGCCAUGUCUCUUUGGUAUAUCAUGUUUUGCUAAUCCAGUUGUCCAGGAUAAGCAGUGUGCAAGAUGGAUGGAGGGAUGCAGGCAUGCAUGCAUGUUUUGCUAUAGAUAGAUGUUAUUGAUGUGGUUUUAUGUUUUGUAAUUAAUUCAUAAACUGGUUAUUUUCAAA